GGGGUUAGGAGGACUUAUGAGAGAGGGGGGUGACUCGUUAUCCAUCUUUGGAGGCCGGGCCUCACAGGUACGACGGGAAAGCAGACAUUACCUCUUGGAUUAGUUCCAUGCGGUCAUACUUCGAGAUCACCGCAAGAGGACCGAAGUAUGAUCAUGGGGACUAAUACUGAGCCCGCCGUACGGGACCACAUUGAGCUCCAAGUUGUUAGUGCAGGUUAUGAACGAAUUGACCUGACUGAGUGGUUGAAGAUAACCCCUGUACGCACCCUUGAGGACCUUCUCCUCGCACAGUACCAAGACAAGCAUGUUGCGCUCAAGGCUAGACUGAAGCUUGAGGCCCUCAAGGGCCAAACAUGGAGGUCCUCCAUGCAGGCUUUGGAACAGCACUUGACUGGUCUGUUCACCACUCCUGAUCUGGGAAUGACUGGCGUGUCUUGCAUGGAUGUAGUCAUGGGAGUGGCCCCUAAAGAAUACCUCUCCCUUCUAGGACUCAAAGACCAUACUACCUGGCGAGAGCUCAUGACGGAUCUAGUCAACCUAGAGGCCAAGGACCUCACCAGGCGUAAGAAGGCGCCCGCUGCAGGUGGGAAACCACAGCGCAAGCGGUAUGGGAGCAGCAACCAGCUUGCACUGCAUGAUCAUCGGGAGGCUGAAGAAUAGUCCUAUGCGGAUGAUCUGUCUUUGGAUGACGAUCUAGAGCCGGACUCCGAUAUGGGCUGUUCCUCAUCAACCAUUGAGUCUGACGUAAAUGAAGACGAAAAACUUAA